GAGUAGCGGGGCGGGCCGUGGUUCGGGGGCCCCAGCGCAGGGCUUGUGGGUCGGCCGUUUGAGGCGGCGGCGGUUGGGCUCUUCCUCCUCCUCCUGCGGCUGCUGCUGCUUCCCGGGGGGGAUGGCGGACGCGGCGGCCUCCCCGGUGGGGAAGCGCCUCUUGCUGUUGUUGGCGGCCGGGCCUGGCGAGGGAGAGGGCGAGGCGGCGGCGCCGGGAGCGGGGCCGGGGCCUGGUUCUGGGCCUGCGCUGCCCUCCCGGGCCUGGAGGAGCGGCACCGUCAGGGCCAUGAGCGGGGCUGUGCCUCAGGAGUUAGCGAAAUUCUGGAAUCCGUUGCAGAUAUUUGUGGAAUUUGACCGGUGCAGCUGGAAUCAGCAUGCUUGGGUAAAGGUUCAUGCAGAAGAAGUUAUAGUUCUGAUGCUGGAAGGAUCUCUGGUUUGGAUUCCUCGGAACGAGCCAGUUCUGCUUCAGGGAACUGGAGUGUCGGUUGAGCAUUGGCCUGCAUUGACUUUCACUCCUUUAGUAGAUAAGCUGGGUUUAGGUUCUGUGGUUCCAGUAGAAUCCCUUGUAGAUCGAGACUUGAGAUUCCUGUCUGACGCCAAUGGAUUACGCCUCUUCCAGAUGGCAACAGAAAGUCAGAACCAAUUUCUCCAAAAAGAGCCUAUAUUGAGGGAAGCUGUCAAUACAUUGAUCAGUGAUCAGAAGCUCCAGGAGAUAUUUAGCAGAGGUCCUUAUACCAUCCAGGGUCAACGUGUAAAGGUGUAUCAACCAGAAGAGGAAAAUAGCUGGGUCUCUGCUGUAGUGAGCUGUCAAGAUCCUAUCACUCGUCUGAUGGAGGUGGUUUUGACUGAGACUGGUGAAAUCAAGUCAGUUGAUCCUCGACUGAUUCAUGUUGUGAUGGACACAUCUGCUUUGAAUGAGGGAGGCUCCCUCAAGGCUGCUAAAUCCUCAAAGGGGAAAAAGAAAAAAGAAAGUGUUGAAGGGAAAGAUGGGCGACGGAGGAAGAAUGCUUCUGAAACUGGGUGUGAUCAUGCAACUAAAAAACUCAAGGAAAGGGGUGAAGUGGAUAGUAAUGGAAAUGAUGGAGGUGAGGCAACCAGGGGAGCUUGGCAAGGAAGUAUCGGUGGUGAUGUGGCUCUGGAUUCACAAGACACACAGCUUCCACCUUUUGCUCCUCAAGUUAAUCGUGAUAUGCGUUUUGCCACAUACACAAAGGAAAAUGGACGAACUCUUGUGGUCCGGGACAAGCCAGUAGGUGGUGACACACCUGUGCCCUUCACUUCCUUUUCUUCAGCUACUGCCCAAGCACUGCUGAGUGGAGUGGGAAGUCAAGAAAUGGCAAAAACCUUAGAGCCAGCCAGUCAAGGCCCAGUGGCUGCCCCUGCGGUAAUUACAACAGCUGGGACAACAUCAACUACUGCGAGGCCAUCAGAUACUUGCCUGCCAGCUAUUACUGGGCAGGAAAAACCGAAAUCAGGUCGUUUGCAAACCCAGGGAGAGAAUUCCCAAAGUUUAAUGUCAGCUUCUCCAGGCUUUGGAGUGACACACUCAAGUGCUUCUCAACCUUUGGCAUUUGACAGUGGGCGCAGCCAGUCCAAUGGAGUAGUCACCCCAGAGAAGAAGCCUGUUGGAUUUCCAUUUAGUACAAGCACUGGUCAUGAAGUUCAGAAAGAUUCUGAUUUGUCAAAGAACUUGUUUUUUCAGUGCAUGUCUCAGAGUCUUCCUUCCAGUAAUUACUUCACAGCCUUGUCUGAGAAUCUUCCUGAAGGGCCAACUAAUCAGGACUCAUUGAAAAAAAGUUCAGAGAGCCUGAGUUCGGGCGUCUGCAAGGGCCAAGGUCUUACAGGAGAAGUUAAACUUGGGACUCCAUUGGGCACUUCUGUGGAGCGGAAACUGCCGGGGGAGUCUAUGCCCACCCUUACACCAGCUUUUCCACGAAGCCUCAUGACUACACGACCUCCAGAUAAUCAUGAGAAUCUUUUUUUGCAGCCCCCAAAACUGUCACGAGAAGAACCCUCAAACCCUUUCCUGGCAUUUGCUGAAAAAUCAGAACUCAGUCCUUUCAGUAGUUUUGCUUCCUCAUCUCAGCCAGGCAUAUCUACUAUUCCCUCUUCGGUUCUUGGUUCCAAGACAACCGCUAGCUGGCCAGAUUUGCACACCUCAACUGACUCUUUAGCUAAAAAGAAGAGCUUGUUUAUAACAACAGAUUCCUCUAAAAUGGUCUCCAGUGCACCUAGUUCAACUCUCUUUGCUGGCGUUCAGGCAUCAUCUGCAUUGGGGAAUGGCCGUUCCAGCUCACCUGUCGGCAGCCUGACACAGCCUAUUGAAAUGCCCACACUCUCUUCCAGUCCCACAGAAGAAAAACCAUCUGUUGGGCCUGGGCAACAGGACAAUCCCCUUAUGAAAACUUUUUCUAAUGUGUUUGGCAGACAUCCGUCUGGCUUUUUCUCUUCGCAGGCAGAGCCACCGCCAGAGAACAAAGCCCCCUUUGAAACUGUGAAAAGGUUCUCUCUUGAUGAGCGGAGCAUGCCAUCCAAGCAAGACUCGGAUUCUAGCACCAACAGUGACCUCUCUGAUAUGAGUGACUCUGAGGAGCAGCUGCACACCAAAGCUUGCCUGAAGGGAAUCCCAGAGCAUUUGAUUGGAAAACUGGGUCCCAAUGGCGAGCGGAACGUUGCCCUGCUAAUGUGCAAGGGAAAAGGAAAGCAAACCCCCAAAGGCAGGCCUCGCACAGCCCCCCUCAAAGUUGGCCAGUCUGUACUGAAAGACAUGAGUAAGGUAAGGAAGCUGAAGCAGUCAGGGGAACCAUUUCUCCAGGAUGGCUCCUGCAUCAAUGUCGCACCUCACCUGCACAAAUGUCGAGAAUGCCGUCUGGAACGCUACCGGAAAUUCAAGGAACAGGAACAGGAUGACUCUACUGUGGCUUGCCGCUUCUUCCACUUCCGCAGGCUGAUAUUUACUCGGAAGGGCAUUCUACGAGUGGAGGGUUUCUUGAAUCCCCAGCAAAGUGACUCUGAUGCUAUGAGUUUGUGGAUUCCAUCAUGUUCUCCUGCUGAGGGAAUUGACCUAGAGACCUCUAAAUAUAUCUUGGCCAAUGUUGGGGACCAGUUCUGUCAGCUCGUUAUGUCUGAGAAGGAAGCAAUGAUGAUGGUGGAGCCACAUCAGAAAGUGGCCUGGAAGAGGGCAGUACGUGGUGUGAGGGAGAUGUGUGAUGUAUGUGAAACAACACUCUUCAAUAUUCACUGGGUUUGUCGCAAAUGUGGCUUUGGGGUAUGUCUUGAUUGUUAUCGUCUCAGGAAAAGCCGUCCACGCACUGAAGCGGAGGAUAUUGGUGAUGAAGAAGUUUUUUCAUGGCUGAAAUGUGCAAAGGGUCAGUCGCAUGAACCAGAGAACCUCAUGCCAACACAGAUCAUCCCUGGCACAGCACUGUAUAAUAUUGGAGACAUGGUUCAUGCAGCACGUGGCAAAUGGGGAAUCAAAGCUAACUGUCCCUGUAUUAACCGGCAGAACAAAUCUGUGUUGCGACCUGCUGUUACCAAUGGCAUUUCACAGCAGUUACCCAGUAUGAAUCCUGGUGCUUCAACCUCUGGAAAUGAAAGCACAUUUUCUAGUGUCACAGGGACAACAGAAGGUGGGCAGCCAGAAACCAAUGUUGUCCCUAAGUCUGAACCUACAGAAGGUGGAACUGAAGACCCUGUCAAGACAGAGGUUCCCACAACCAGCAGCAGUGCGGAAACAAAACCAAGCAAGUCACUGUGCCCUGAAACCAGUCCCUCAUCAGCAUUGCACUGGCUUGCAGAUUUAGCAACCCAGAAGGCAAAAGAGGAGACAAAAGAAGCAGGUUCGCUGAGGUCAGUGCUCAAUAAAGAAUCCCAGUCACCUUUUGGAUUGGAUUCCUUCAACUCCAGUACAAAGGCAUCCCCUUUAACCCCAAAGCUGUUUAAUAGUCUUUUGCUGGGCCCAGUGGCCACAAGCAACAAGACAGAAGGUUCCAGUCUUCGUGAUUUGCUUAACUCUGGGCCAGGAAAGCUUCCCCAGGCCUCACUUGAUACAGGAAUCCCUUUUCCUCCAGUCUUUUCCGGAGCUUCCACUGGGGGCAAGAGGAAAGCCAGUUUGCCCAACUUCCUCGAUCAUAUUAUUGCUUCUGUGGUGGAAAAUAAGAAGACCGCGGACUCAACCAAGCGAUCAAGCAAUUUGGCUGAUACGCAUAGAGAAGUGAAGGAAAUGGUAAUGGGAUUAAAUGUGCUAGAUCCACACACUUCCCAUUCUUGGCUCUGUGAUGGAAGGCUUCUAUGUCUUCAUGACCCCAGCAACAAAAACAACUGGAAGAUCUUCAGGGAGUGUUGGAAACAGGGUCAGCCUGUUCUAGUUUCUGGUGUUCAUAAGAAGCUGAAGGGUGAACUUUGGAAACCAGAGGCAUUUAGCCAGGAAUUUGGAGAUCAGGAUGUAGAUCUUGUCAACUGUAGGAACUGUGCCAUAAUUUCAGAUGUUAAAGUGCGUGACUUCUGGGAUGGUUUUGAAGUCAUUUGUAAGCGGCUUAGAGCAGAUGAUGGGCAGCCUAUGGUAUUGAAAUUAAAAGACUGGCCUCCAGGAGAAGAUUUCAGAGACAUGAUGCCUACUAGAUUUGAGGAUCUAAUGGAGAACCUUCCUCUUCCAGAAUAUACUAAAAGGGAUGGAAGAUUGAAUCUGGCAUCUAGGUUGCCAAGCUACUUCGUGCGACCUGACCUGGGUCCCAAAAUGUACAAUGCAUAUGGACUGAUAACUGCAGAAGACAGAAGAGUUGGUACCACCAAUUUGCACUUGGACGUAUCAGAUGCUGUUAACGUUAUGGUGUAUGUUGGAAUCCCUGUUGGAGAAGGUGCUCAUGAUGAUGAAGUGCUUAAAACUAUUGAUGAGGGAGAUGCUGAUGAUGUUACAAAACAGCGAAUCCAUGAAGCAAAAGAAAAACCAGGAGCAUUGUGGCACAUCUAUGCUGCUAAGGAUGCAGAGAAGAUCAGAGAGCUUCUACGAAAGGUUGGUGAAGAACAAGGACAAGAAAACCCUCCAGAUCAUGAUCCAAUUCAUGACCAAAGCUGGUACUUGGACCAGAACCUACGUAAACGUCUGUAUGAGGAGUAUGGAGUUCAAGGCUGGGCAAUAGUUCAGUUCCUGGGAGACGCUGUAUUUAUUCCUGCAGGAGCCCCUCACCAGGUUCAUAACUUGUAUAGCUGCAUUAAAGUAGCAGAAGAUUUUGUAUCUCCUGAACAUGUAAAACACUGCUUCCGCCUGACCCAGGAGUUCAGACACCUGUCUAACACACACACAAAUCAUGAGGACAAGCUGCAGGUGAAGAACAUCAUCUACCAUGCAGUGAAAGAUGCUGUUGGCACCCUGAAAGCUCAUGAAUCCAAGCUGGCCCGGUCAUAGGGACUGUUGGUUCCCAACCCUCCUCUAGAGUCAUGUUUUUUGCUCACAGUAUGGAAGGGGAAUGAACAUGCCUACAUCUGCAGGAGCCAGAGGCCUCUCCUUAAGAGAUGUUAUGGCAUUCCUUGCACUCUCCAGCCACUGUCUUCUGUGCUGCCUCAAUACUGAACGUCUAAAAGAAGGUCACCGUAACACAGGAUUCCUAACCAGUGAAAGGUGCCAUGUCCCUUUCCUGUGGCCUUUUGCAAAUUUAAAUUGUAUGGAAACCAUGUGGUUUUCCUGCAUAUUAUGAAAUAGAACGUGUGAACCUUUUUCAUGCCUAGUUAGUCUUUCCAAGAAGUUAGAGAGGCUGAUGUGAAGAUGAACAUUCUUAUUGCAGACUGAAAUAGCUAACUCUGAAUGUGUGUGGCCACCAGAAGCCCAGCUACCAAAACACAGGCGUUAGUCCUCCCGAGUCUGUCACAGGCCAAGGGAAAAAAAGAAAUUGUUCUUCAUGCUCCCCUUAACAGUUCUCUGUACACUGUAGAAACACAGAAAAGAAAAAAGUAACCACUGUUUUUCCUAGAUGGCUCCAGGAUUUUUAAAUUGUGUAUUUAGUGAGAAACUAGGUUUGUAGUGAAACAGUAUUUCAUGAAAGUAGAUUUUUUAGAAUUUGAAAUACAGCAAAUCUUCCUGGAUUACAAAGAAAGGCAUGUUGCAUUUAGUCUUCCUUUCAAUAAAAUCUUUUGAGAAAUAGAAGUAAAUCUAGAAUAGCACAAUUGGCCAGAAAAUAAUGCAAAGAAAUUGAUUUCCAACACCAGUUUCCACAAAGACAGAAGUAAAGGGUGGGGGAAAAACUUUUACGUUUUGGAGAUGUUGUACAUCUCUCCCGGAAUAGUUAAACAAGGCAAUAGUUCACUGUUUGUCAGUUUUAGAUUGGGACUACUACUACUCAGAUCUGAUUUUCAAUAUCGGCUUUGUCCAGAAUCCUUUUCAAUAAAAUGUUCCUGCUUGAUAGAGUUGUGUUGAAAGUUGUCACCAUUGAACUGAUGGAUUCCAUUGUUUGACUGUUCAUUGGGACUAUAUUAUCUACCUUCUAUCCAGCUGUACUGUAGUGCCACCUGCAGGCCUGUUAAUAUGUUCACGGUUAUUUCAUUUUUAAAAAAAUAAAAGUCAUUUACUGUAGAA